AUGCGCGUCUGGUCAGUCAACAAGGUCCCCUGGAAUUUCCUCAGAAACCAGCACCUUUCCUCCCUUGACAGUAACCACGCCCAUGACCUUCAGCAUCUAGACAAGUCCUUCUGCGACUUCAGCACGGGGGGCAUUGCCCCGGACACACCAGCCACAGCCUCGCAGGCAUGGACUUGCUCGGCUGGGACUCGGAGGUCAGCACACUCAGAGACAGCCGCAGUCACGAGCAGAGGCCCGGAGGCUGGGGCACGGACGAGCCCUCGCUCUGUGGAAGCGACUGGCUCCCCAUCCUCCCCGGUGACUUUCCCUGCCACAGGCUCACCUGCUCCUGCUUCCUCCAUGUGGCCCGGGCAUGGCCUCUCCUCUCCUGCUCCCGUGACCUCACCUGUCACCUCUGACCUGGUGAACACCGCACACAGGUUAGGCACAGGCUCGACACCUGGAACCAGUUCAGCUCCAAACGUGAGCAGCAGCGCAUAUGAAACACCAGCCACCUUUGAAGCCCCCACAGCUACAGAGAAUACUCAUCCUUUUGCCAACCCAGCAGCAGCCGCUCUGGGGACCGGCAGCCAUUCUGGAAGUGAACCACGUUCCUCUGUCCCAAUCCGUUCCGAGCCCACCACCACAGCCUCUGCCACGGAAGAGACCACUCUUCCCACGUCGAUGCCUGCCUCCCAGCAGACCACCAUGUCUGAGACAGAGCCACAUGCCCACCUGACCUCUGGAUGGAGGUGGACCAGCAUAGCCCUGGACUCCAGCCCAGCCACACCCACAGACAGGCCUUCAUCUCCUCUGUCUGCUCAUCUUUUGAAGAGUCCCGAGACCGAGGCCACCCCUUCCACGAAAACAUCAGUCCCAGGCCACCUUCCGCCUUCGCACACGGAAUUUCCAGCAGAUAUUCCAGUGAAAACUACCACCCUCUCUUACACGUCUCUGGCCGCUGCAGGAUCUGCUGGGGCCACUGCCUUCCCAGAAUCCAAGCUUUCCGGGUCCGCCUCAGAAAGUGCUCAUCACCCAAGCACAGCUGAGGCCAUGUUGGCUGACACGCUGACCCCAGAAGCCACGGCUUCCCUCCCCACGUCCGGGGUUGCACGUGCCCGCUCACCUGCCUCCUCAGUCAGGCCCUUCCCUAGGACAGAGGCAGGCCCCGGGAGUGCUACAGUGCCCACCAUUGCAGAAAGCCUCCCUUCAUCCGCGCCGACACCACCCCCCUCUGCAACCUCUGCUGCCCCCCCAGGGAUCGCCUCCUCACCGGCCGCCCCACGGGCAGUGGACGCCAGCCUUGGGGCAGACAGCACAACUGCCAGAGGGCCCGCUGUGAUGCUCAGUACAUUGGAGACCUGGACCCAGCCGGUCAGGACAUCCUCUUCACCCAUUAGGGACUCCACAGUGACCGAGAGUAUUGACCUGGGUGCAGUGACAAGUGCUUCCCGACCUCCUCCACACUCAACACCACUGACAAGGACAGAUGGCAUCGUGGAGCACAUCACAAAGAUACCCAGGGAAGCAGUUCGUGGCGGCACUGCAGGACCAAUCCAUGUCCCUCUGCCAUCCACAUCAUCUGCUAGUCUUAGAGGACUACCUACAGGGGCGAGAGAGAGAGCAGAGGCCACGGCCACAGCCCUGGAGACCCCGUCCGCAGUGACUCCGGCCUCCCGUGUGUCUUCUCCCACUUCGGGAACGCCGGCCCUCCUCAGGACAUCGGGUGAGGUGGUCAGCAUGGGCACGGCAGGGGCCACCACCACGACCCCGGAUGUUCCCCCGGACGUUCCGGAGAGGACAGCCUCGUUGGCCCCCAGACCUGGAGCAGAGGCCAGCACAGCAGUUCCCUGGACAGCCUCGUCUGUUCUCAAGAGAGGAUCAGAGACCACCCCCUCCCUGGUCCCUAGUUCUGGGGCAGAAACCAGGUCAGCUGUUGCCACACCGACUGUUACCUUUGGUGAGCCAGAGACCGCAACCUCGUGGGCUACCCAUGCUGCGGAGACCAGCCCCACCAUCUCCAGGGCAACACUGAAUGUUUCCCACAGUGAAUCAGACACCACAUCCCCAACAGCUACCAGUCCUGGGGCAGAAGUCAGUUCAGCUGUUCGAACGACUGUCUCCCCUGGGGCCGUGGCGAUGGCGACCUCACUGGUCACUAGCCCUGAGGCAGAGACGAGUAUGGCUGUUUCAACUCUGACUGAGUCCCCACAUGAACCAGAGACCCCAGCCACAAGCGUCACCCAUCCCAGGACAGAAGCCAGUUCAGCUGCUCCAACUGUGACUGUUUCCCCUGGGGAGCCAGAUACAACAGCCUCUUGGGGCCGUUCUUCAGACAGGAACACACCUGUGUCCAGAACAGCUUUGAAUUUUUCCCACAGUGAAUCAGACACUGCACCCUCCAUGGCCACCGGUCCUGGGGCGGAAGCCAGUUCAGCCAGUCCAACAGCAACCGUCUCCCCUGGUGUAUCAGAUACGGUGACCUCACAGGCCACUCGUUCUGGGACAAAUGGCAGUAUGGUCAUUCCACCUCUGACUGUUUCCCCUGGUGCGCCUGAUACAACAGCCUCAGUGGUCACCCAGCCUGGGGCACAGACCGGUUCAACCACCCCAGUUCUGACUGUCUCACCUGGUGUACCAGGGGUGGCAACCUCACUGGUUCCUAGGUCUGGGGCAGAGACCAGUACAACUUUUCCAGAUCAGACUCAUUCCCCACAUGAACCAGAGGCCACAGCCUCCAGGGGCUUCCAUUCAGAGACAGAAGCCACUUCUGCUGUUCCAACUGUGACUGCUUCCCCUGGGGAGGCAGGUACUACAGUCUCCCUGGCCACCCAUCCUGCAGAGACCAGCCCAGCUGUUCCUGGGACAGCCUCCGAUUUCUUCCCUAGUGAGUCAGACACCACAGCCUCAACAGCCACACGUUCUGGAGCAGAAGCCAGUUCUGCCAUUCCAACUACACCCAUCUCCUCUGGUGUACCAGGGCUUGUAACGGCUCAGGCCACUCGUUCUGGGGCAGACAUCACCACCACUUUUCCAACUCUGACUGUUUCCCCAGAUACAACAGCCUCCUCGGCCACCCAUCCUGCAGACACCAGCCCGACUGUUCCCAGGACAGCCCCCAUUUUUUCCCCUAGUGAGUCAGUAAGCACACCCUCAAUGGCCACCAGCCUUGGGACAGAAGCUGGUUCAGCUGUUCCAACUUCAGCUGAUGAACCCGAUGUGGUGACCUCACAGGUCCCUAGUGCUGAGGCAGACAUCAAUAUGGCUAUCCCAACUCUGACUUUUUCUCCUGGUCAUCCAGAGACCACAGCCCCCCGGAUCACUCAUCCUGGGACGCAGACCAGGUCAUCCGUUCCAGCUCCCGUGGUACCUCCUAGUGAGCCGGGGCUGGUGACCUCCCUGAAUACUAGCUCUGGAGCAGAGACCAGCCCAGCCGGUCACACUCUGACUGUUUCCCCCAGUGAGCCCGAUACCACAGCCUCAUCGGUCACCCAGCCUGGGACACAGACCAGUUCAGCCAUUCCAGCUCUGACUGGCUCCCCUGGGGCAUCAGCGGUGGAGAUCUCACUGGUCACCAGUGCUGGUGCAGCGACCAGUACAAUUAUUCCCUCUGUGACUGAUUCCCCACCCGAACCAAAGACAACAGCUUCCUGGGUUCCCCGCUCCACAGAGACUAACACACCUGUUAUUGCAACAACUCUGAAUGUUUCCCAUAGUAAUUCAGACACCACAUCCUCAAUGGCCACCAGGCCAGGGGCAGAAGCCAGUUCAGCCGGUCCGACUACCCGUGUCUCCCCCGGUGAACCAGAUACGACAGCCUCACUGGUCACUAGUUUUGGAGCAGAGACGGGCCCAACUUCUCCAACUCCGCCUGAGUCCCCACGUGAAGCAGAGACCCCAGCCACAAGAGUCACCCAUCGCGGGACAGAAGCCAGCCCAGCUGCUCCAGUUGUGACUGCUUCCCCUGGGGAGCCACAUACAACGGCUUCCUGGGUCAUCUCUGCUGCAGAGUCCAGCCCGACUGCUCCCCAGACAACCCCCAGGGUUUCCCGUAACGUGACAGACGCCACACACACACCAGCCACCCGCCUUGGGGCAGAAGCCAGUUCAGCUGUUCCGACUUCAACCGUCUCGCCUGCUGUACCAGAUGUGACCUCACAGGCCUCUGGUGUGGAGACCAAUGUCAGCAGGGCCGCUCCAGCUCUGAGAGUCUCUCAUGAACCGGCGACCACGGCCUCACCGGUCACCCACCCCAGCAGUGAGACGAGCUCACGUUUCCUUGCUUCAAGUGUGUUUCCUCACUUGCUGGAGUCCACAGCCUCACCAUCUGCCCGACCUGGCUUGGAGACGAGUGUGGCUGUUCCAGCUCAGGUUUCCCUGGGUCUGCCAGAAACAACCUCCUUCACACCUGUGACCGAGAGCAGCCCAGCUGAUGGGAGUCCACCUGUUUCAUUUGGCGCCCCCGCAGAAACAGCCUCGUGCUCCACCCACACUGGGGUGGAUGUCAGCACAACCGUCUCUGCUUCUGCUCUUUCCCCUAGUUUAUCGGAGGCCAUGGGCUUAUUGGCCGCCAGCCCUGCAUCAGAGGCCAGGACAGGCAUCCCACUGCUGACCGUUUCCCCCGGGGUUCUUGAGCCCGCUGGCAGCCCGGCAGCCCCUGGAGAGCCUUACACUGUAAGCACAGAGCCCUCACCACCCACAACCUCAGCGGGACCCCCAAAAUCUUCCAACAUGGUCACAGGGGGCACCGUGACUUCCAAAGCAUCAGAAACACCAGCUCCACCUGAGACCAGUAGUGGAGAAGGAUCACAUCCAACCACUAUCCUGAAAACGACGACUCUUGAGACCCCUGAUGCAGCUGCUACAGGGUCAGGCCCCACGGUGACCGAGACCACAGCCACCUUCAGUGCACCGGCUAGAAGUCCGUUUGUCCCUGUCACCACACCUGCGAUGUCCACUGUGGCCUCUGUGAGUGUGACUUCAGGAACAACUCUGCUGACCUCCACAUUCUCUUCGGGAUCCCCAGCAUCUCUGACUCCCACCUCCAGCUCUGCAGCUGCAGGUGUGGGCCCAGCCCCGGCACCAUUCACUCUCAACUUCACCAUCACCAACCUGACUUACACCCCAGAUAUGAGGCACCCGGGUUCCGCCAAGUUCAGCUCCACUGAGAAGGCCCUGACUCGCCUGCUGGGUCCUUUGUUCAGGAACACCAGCAUUGGCCCACUGUACUCUGGCUGCAGACUGACCUUGCUCAGGGCUGAGAAGUACGGAGCAGCAAUGGGAGUGGACGCCAUCUGCACCUACCAUCCAGACCCCAUGGGCUCUGGGUUGGACAGAGAAGAGUUGUACCGGGAGCUGAGUCAGCUGACCUAUGGGGUCACCCGGCUGGGCACAUACAUGCUGGACAGAGACAGUCUCUACAUAAAUGGUUAUAACCAUCGAUACUGGACCACCACCACCAGCACGGCAGGCACAAGCCCUUCUCUGGUGCCCUUCACGAUCAGCUUCACCAUCACCAGCCUGCGCUACACAGAGGACAUGGCACCUCCGGGAUCUGAGUUUUUCAACACCACAGAGAGGAUCCUGAAUCGCCUGCUCAAACCCUUGCUCCAGCACAGCAGUAUCGGGCCCCUCUACUCUGGUUGCAGAUUGACCUUGCUCAGGCCUGAGAAGAACAGAACAGCCACUGGAGUUGAUACUGUCUGCACUCACCGUCCUGACCCCAUGAGCCUUAGGCUAGACAGAGAGAGUCUGUACUGGGACCUGAGCCGUGGGACUUACGGGGUCACCCAGUUGGGCUCCUUCAACCUGGACAAGGACAGCCUCUAUGUCAACGGUUAUACCCAUCGGGGCUCAGCCUCCACCGCCAGUGCUGCUGUCACCUCCAUGCGCUUCCCAGGGACCUCGGUGAGGCCGUCCCUCUUCUCCAGCUCCACAGCAGCGGCCCCUUUCCUGGUGCCCUUCACCCUCAACUUUACCAUCACCAACCUGUACUACGAAGAAGCCAUGCGCACCCGGGGCUCCUGGAAGUUCAACUCCACCGAGAGGAUCCUGCAGGGCCAGCUCGGACCCUUGUUCAAGAACACCAGCGUGGGCCGUCUGUACUCUGGCUGCAGGCUGACCCUGCUCAGGCCCGAGAAGGAUGGCGCAGCCACCGGAGUGGAUGCCGUCUGCACCUACCACCCUGACCCUCCAGAUGCCAGGCUGGACAGAGAGCGGCUGUACCGGGAGCUGAGCCGGCUGACCCGCGGUGUCACCAGGCUGGGCCCCUACACCCUGGACCAGGACAGUCUCUGCAUCGGCGGUUACACCCACCCGGCCCGGGCCACCACCCUCAGCAGUCACACCCAUCCGGCCUCAGCCACCACCCCCGGGACCGCUGGGACCUCCACAUCCUUCCCCACCACCAGACCCACAGCCACUGGCCCUGCCCUGGUGUCCUUCACCCUGAACGUCACCGUCACCAACAUGGAGUACACUGAGGACAUGGGGCGUCCGGCUUCCUUGAAGUUCAGCUACACCGAGAGGCUCCUGCAGCCCCAGCUCAGGCUCCUGCUCAACAAGACCAGCAUCGGCCCCCUCGGUGCUGACUGCAGGCUGGCCUCGCUCAGGCCCAAGAAGGACAGGGCAGCUACCAGAGUGGACAUCCUCUGCACCUUCCAUUCUGGCCCUGCGGGCCCCAGGCUGGACGCAGAGCGGCUGUACUGGGAGCUGAGCCGUGAGACCCACGGAGGCACCCUGCUGGGCCCCUUCACCCUGGACAGGGACAGUCUCUACGUCAAUGGUCACACCUACAGAGCCUCGGCCCCGACCAUCACCGCCGGGAAGGUGGGCGAAGAGCCAUUCUCACUGAACUUCACCAUCGACAACCUGCGCUACUCGGCGGACAUGGGCCACCCCAGCUCGCUCAAGUUCAACAUCACAGACAGCCUCAUGCAGCACCUGCUCGGCCCUUUGUUCCAGAGGAGCAGCCUGGGUGCCCAAUACACAGGCUGCAAGGUCACCUCGCUAAGGUCUGUGAAGAACGGCGCCAGUACAGGGGUGGACAUCCUCUGUGCCUACCUGCGGCCCCCCAGCAGCCCGGGGCUGCCCACCAAGAGGGUAUUCCAUGAGCUGAGCUGGCAGACCCGUGGCAUCACCCGGUUGGGCCCCUAUUCCCUGGACAAGGACAGCCUUUACCUCAAUGGUUAUAACGAACGUGGUCCCGAUGAGCCUCCUACCACCCCCAGCCUGGCCACCACAUCCCUGCCUACUUCAUCACCACCUCUGCAGCCAGAAGCCACCACAGCUCUGGGGUACCACCCGAAGACCUUGACACUCAAUUUCACCAUCUCCAGCCCCCAGCAUCCAACAGACGUGAGCAACAGCUCAGCCGCAUUCAACAGCACCGAGAGGGCUCUGCGGGGCCUGCUUGGAGCCUUGUUGCAGAAGAGCAGCCUGGGCCCCUUCUACUCAGGUUGUGGACCGAUCUCCCUCAGGCCAGAGAAGGACAGUGCAGCCACUAGCGUGGAAGCCGUCUGCACCUACCGGCCUGACCCCAUGGGCCAUGGGCUGGACAGAGAGCGGCUGUACUGGGAGCUGAGCCAGCUGACCUACGGUGUCACCAGGCUGGGCCCCUACACCCUGGCCAGAGACAGCCUCUUCGUCGGCGGCUACACACCCCAGGGCUCACCUGUCCUGAGAGAGUACCAGCUCAGUUUCCGCAUCCUCAACCGGAACAUCAGCAGCCCAGACCCCCAGUCCUCGGAGCGCACCGCCCUGCUGAGGGAUGUCCAGGACAAGAUCUUCAGACUCUACAGAGGCAGCCAGCUACAGGACGUGUUCCGUUCCUGCCUGGUGACCGACGUGACGAUGGGCUCCAUGUCAGUCACCGUCAAAGCACUGUUCUCCUCCAGUCCGGACCCCAGAGUGGUGAAGCAAGUCUUUCUAGACAAGACCUUGAAUUCCUCAUUCCAUUGGCUGGCUGCCACCUACCAGCUGACAGACGUGCGUGUGACAGAAUUGGAGCCAUCCGUUCAUCUACCAACAGAAAAACCAACAAGCAGCCCCAGCCCCCAGCACUUCCAGCUGAAUUUCACUGUCACCAACCUGCCCUAUUCCCAGGACCUGGCCCAGCCAGGCUCCACCCAGUACCAGCAGAACAAGGGAAGCAUCGAGGCUGCGCUCAACCAGCUCUUCCAAAACAGCAGCAUUAAAACUUAUUUUUCUGACUGUGAAGUUUCAGCAUUCAGGCCUGUCCCCUCUACCAGCCACACUGGGGUGGGCUCCCUGUGUACAUUCUCCCCACUGGCUCGGAGGCUGGACAGAGUUGCCAUCUAUGAGGAAUUCCUGUGGCUGACCCAGAAUGGCAGCCGGCUGCGGAACUUCACCCUGGACAGGGACAGCAUCCUCGUGGAUGGGUAUUCUCCCAACAGGCAUGAGGCCUUGUCUGAGAAUUCUGACCUCCCCUUCUGGGCCAUCAUCCUCAUCUGCUUGGCAGGACUCCUGGGAUUCAUCAUGUGCCUCAUCUGCUGUUUCCUGGUCACCGUCUUCCUGCGGAAGAAGGAGGGAGAUUACAAGGUUCAGCAGCAACGCCUGGGCUACUACCUGCCACACCUGGACUUCAGGUAGCUGCAGUGACCAGCUCAGUUGGAGGCCCCCUGCAUCCUGCCAGGGUCCAGAGGAGCUCAGUUGGAACAGAAAUAAACCACACUGAUUGGACCCAG